CGCGAUUCUCCCACCAAGACCAGGACAACCAACUCUGGACAGCAGCAACCAGUAAUCCAAAGUACCGAACCAGACAGCAGCCGACUACCACAUCAUCCCGAGAUAGUUCACUCCAUCACGCCGCCAUGUCCCAAGCAGCGCCCUACCAGCGCGACGAGAAGCUCGGCGCCCAGCUGCCGCCCGAGGCGCCCGAGGGCCAGGUCAGCGACCCGUCGUACAAGACGGGCAAGGACGAGCCGGUGCCCGUGGUCGGCGACGAGGAGCCCGUCGCGGAGCCGAUGAAGCCGGGCCAGGCCGACACGGAUAAGCAGCUGGAGCAGGACGAGCGCGAGGCGAUUGAUAAGGGCAAUAUCAUGAAGGAGCGGACCCGUCAUGCCAAGCCUGGUCAGAGCUAUGCCGAGCCGUCGGACGAGCAGAUGGGGCUGAUGGAGUGAACCUGUGCGCUGCGCAAGUUGUGCGGUGUUUGGGGUUGGUUGGGAUGUUGAGUCGGCGAGGGUGAUGAGCUCUGGAUCAAUGAAACUUGACCCUUGUUGCGUUGUACAUGCUUUCCGGUUUGGGCAUCGAUCUGUGUAAGAACAUGGAAUGGCAAUAUCGCCGGUCGACUGAGCUUAGUUGCGAUAUACGAGAAUGUGGUAUUAACCACGGA